CUCACACUGAGGGGAGAGCAGAAGGAGGGGGAGGCACUUAGUUAAAAAAAAAAUCAAGAAAAAGAAAAGGGGAGUAGAAGACUCAGUCCAGCUGAGUGGAGAGACAACUUCUGACUUCUUCUUUGACUUUCCUUCUGCCUUCAAAGCCUCCGCAUUUUCAGGGAAAACACUUUUGAUGACUCCUUGACUCUCAAAGACUUUUACUUUGACUCUCUUAAACAAAACAUACUGUAAAAGUUUCUGAACUUCAAGAUGCUGCUGGACUCAGUUGCUUAAUCCAUUCUGCAAGACAUUAACAGCUUGGCAAAACUUCUUUUCCCUUUUUUCUUUUCCGGAAUCUUUCUUAUUAAAUCCAAUGGAAAAUUUAGCGAAACAUUCCAGCAUUUAACUUCAGGACCUCAGAGAGAAAAAAAAAGAAAACAGGAAGGGCUAUCUGAAUGUCUUCUGCAGAGAUUUAAAGGAGCCUGAAGAUCACGCUACCAAGAGAGUACUACUGGAGUCCUUACUGACAAACAUAGAAGAUGAAUCUACAGCUAAUUACAGGAUUGUUAAUGCUGUCAUGGACAGCUUCAUCGCAGGACCUCAACCAGAGUACACCUGAAAUUGUCCUCAAUAUGUUCAGCUCUUUCUCAAUAAGCUGCUCAGCUGAAACCAUCACUGCUUGGAAACAUGACGAUCAUUUCAUUAAUUCAACGCUGGAAUUUAAUGUCAAUGAGUUCACUAAUACACUUACCCUGCAGAAUGUGACUGGGCAUAACACAGGAAUGUACACCUGUGUGUACAACGGUUCACAGAACCAUGAAAAACCAGAGGUGAAAUCCAUCUACAUUUUUGUACCUGAUCCUACUAUGGUGUUUUUGCCAAUUAAAGAACAUGAUGUGUUCGUGUUUGUGGCUGUGAACAGUAAAGCCACCAUUCCCUGUCGUGUUACCAACCCCAACAUGAGCGUGACUCUUCAUGAGAGGGGUAAUGAUGAUGAAAUUCCAUACCUCUAUGACAACAAGAAGGGUUUCACUGGAAUUUUCCAAGAUGUCAAUUAUUAUUGUAAAGCUUCAAUGGACGGGAUUGAAGUUAACUCAAAUCCAUAUUAUAUCUACUCAAUACAAGUGUCGGAUGAACUCAAGGUGACAGUGAAAGCCUCAAAUAGUAUAGUGAAGAAGGGAGAAAAUAUUACAGUUUCCUGUACAGUGACUGAAAAUGAAAUUCUAAACUUUACCUGGUACUAUCCGGGUACCAAGACUAAUAGGCCACAUACUAUCGAAAAUUUCAUGGGAAGUAAUUCAGUGAUUUCCCAGUUGACAAUACUAGAAGCCAAUUUGGAGGACUCUGGAAAUUAUACUUGUAUGGUGGAGGAGACACUACAAGGAAUCUUUGAGAUGCAAAGUGUUUACAUAGAAGUAAAAGAAAAAGGUUUUGUGACACUCGAUGCUGCAGAAACAGAACAAACAGCCGAUUUGCACAAAAGCAUAUCACUUGAGGUAUACAUCGAUGCUUACCCUCCACCUAUCAUUGAGUGGCUAAAAAAUGGUGUCUUGCUAACAGGAAACACCUCAAACCAAAUGAAUGUUAUAAACCGGAACAUUUCUGAGACUGAGUAUGCCAGUUAUUUGAAUAUUGUGAGAGUGAAAGAAAAAGAUGGCGGUAACUACACCAUCAGGGUACAUAACGAGGACGAUGUUCAAGCUAUUCAUUUUAACCUUCAGAUAAACGUUCCAGUGGAAAUACAGGAAAUAAUUGACACUCACCCAGCAAGUGGUGGACAAUUAGUGAUAUGUGUGGGCAAAGGUAUGCCAAUGCCAAACAUCACCUGGUUCUUCUGCAGUGAAAUAAAAAGAUGUAGCAGUAAGAGGUGGGACCUGUGGAAACCCAUCGACCACAUAACAUCACAAAUGGAAUUUGAUGUGAACACCACUUAUACCCAGCCAGAAUAUGGAACGUAUCAGGUCAAGAGUGUACUCCAUGUCCGGAGUGUGGGAGAUUCUGUGUCAGUGCGUUGUGCUGGGGAAAAUGACCUUGGAGUUCAACACCACCGAGAUGUGACACUUGUGCCUCAUUACCUAACCUUCAAAGUCAUGCUAAUUUCUGCGGUUCUCGCCCUGAUUGUGCUGUUUGUGAUUUUCCUGAUCAUCCUUAUUGCUCUCUGGCGAAAGAAGCCACGUUAUGAAAUUCGGUGGAAGGUAAUAGAGUCGGUCAGCCCAGAUGGACAUGAAUACAUCUACGUGGAUCCUCUACAGCUUCCGUAUGACUCAAGCUGGGAAAUUUCAAGAGACAAACUAGUCCUAGGCCGAACACUUGGCUCUGGAGCAUUUGGCAGAGUGGUAGAAGCUACAGCUCAUGGAUUAGGACAUGCUCAGUCAUCUACAAAAGUAGCUGUAAAGAUGCUGAAAUCCACUGCUCGGAGCAGCGAGAAACAGGCUCUCAUGUCAGAACUGAAGAUUAUGAGUCAUCUGGGUCCACACUUAAAUAUUGUCAACUUAUUGGCAGCAUGCACCAAGGGAGGGCCAAUAUAUAUAGUUACAGAGUAUUGCCGAUAUGGAGAUCUUGUGGAUUAUUUGCAUAAAAACAAGCAUACCUUCCUCCAAUACUAUGCUGAGAAGAACCGGAAGGAAACUGAAGUCUACAGUAAUACCUCCACAGCGGAAAGAAUGUCGAGUCACAUUUCAGUUUCCAUAGAAAGCGAUGGCGGUUACAUGGAUAUGAGCAAAGAUGACAUUUACUAUGUGCCAAUGCUGGAUCUUAAGGAUGAAAUCAAAUAUGCUGAGAUAGAACCUUGCAACUAUGGAACUACCUAUGAACUAGAAAACUACUCCAAUUCUGCUCCAGAAAGGACACGUUAUUCCACUGUAGUCAACGAAUCACCAGUCCUUAGUUUUACUGAUUUAAUUGGAUUCAGCUACCAAGUUGCCAAUGGAAUGGAGUUUCUUGCGUCUAAAAAUUGUGUUCACCGUGACUUGGCUGCAAGAAACGUAUUGAUUUGUGAGGGGAAACUAGUGAAAAUUUGUGACUUUGGACUAGCCAGAGACAUUGUGAGAGACUCCAACUACAUUUCCAAAGGCAACACUUUCCUGCCUCUGAAGUGGAUGGCCCCAGAAAGCAUUUUCAACAACCUGUACACAACUCUCAGCGAUGUCUGGUCAUUUGGAAUUCUUCUUUGGGAAAUAUUCACAUUGGGUGGAACACCAUAUCCUGAAUUGCCAAUGAAUGAACAGUUCUACAAUGCCAUAAAGCGAGGCUAUAGGAUGUCAAAACCAUCGUAUGCCUCAGAAGCAGUCUAUGAGAUUAUGCAAAAAUGCUGGGAUGAAAAGUUUGAAAAAAGGCCAACUUUUUCCAGCUUGGUGACUCUGACUGGAAACCUUUUAGCUGAUGGCUACAAACAGAGAUACAAACAAGUAAAUGAAGAAUUUUUAAGAAGUGAUCAUCCUGCUGUCGUUCGUGUGAGGCCUCAAGCAACUAAAAUAAAUAAUCCAGUCUAUGAGGGAGAAAGUAUUUCAAAUAUUCUAUAUUCAGCAGUACAACCAAAUGACAGUGAAUAUAUUAUCCCUCUGCCUGACCCUAAGCCCGAGGACUCUGAUAACGUGCUGAAUGAGAACUCAGAAAGUCGACCAAGCUCUACACUGCAAGAAGGAAACACAUCUUCUACAAUUUCCUGUGAUAGCCCUCUAGGGCAGCCAGAACAAGAGGUCGAAAGUGAAGUCCAGAGUCAUACCCAGGAAGAUGAGCAGGUGCAUCAUGAGGAGGAGAGCUUCCUGUAGAAGAUACCGGCAGCAAUGAUCUUACUUCACUAUGGAACAUGGUACAAUGUACUGUAUGGAACAGAUAUUCCAACUUUAUGCAAUAAUGUCAUUUGGGCCUUCUAUGUUGUGAAGACCAAAAAUAUCAUCCUGACCAAAGAUAUGCUCCAGUCUUGGGCACAUCCACAGUGCCAGAAUAUACCAAAAAUUUAACUUUUCUGAUCUGCUAUGAGAUCUAAGUGCAAUAUUUAAAAAUGAACAGCAAAUUGAUGCACUGAAAUGAGGAGAAGACCAUAAGAACUUUUUAAAG